AUGCGCUCGUGGGAUGCUACCAGGAAAAGGAGCAAGGCAGGGCCAGCAGUCGGAACGCAGGAGAGCCGCAAGCGGACAAAGCCGACGGAGGGCACGAGAAAGGGGAGCCAGACAAUUCACGAAAAGGCGAACUCAGAGGAAAAUACGAAUGAGGAACGACACAAAUUUUCGAAGCGAGACAGCGGGGCGAGAAGCGAACGCAAGACGGGCGCGAGACCGCCAAAAGAGUUCGACGUGAGGGAGAUUCGUACCAAACCUUCUACCAAGGAGACAGUUCAAAGAUACGGAUGCCAAGAAGACGGUAAGAAGGGGAUGUAGACAGCAGUAGAAGAAGCCGAGUAGUAACGUCGUGUGAAGUCGCCCAUAAGCUGAAAUAUAAGGUCGGCAUCGAAACUUUUGCCAACGAACUUGUGAAGA